UCAUCUGGUGUACUUUCAUUUUCGAUGAAUGUACAUGAAAACAUAAGUUUCCAAGGAGCCCAAGUCUUAAAAAUGGAGGAGACAACAAGAAGAUUAAAUGAAAAGGAGAAAAUCUUGGAGCGCCUGAAAAAGAAUUUGAGGGCUUUAAAGGAAUCAAAGAAUGUUCUCUUAGUUGGAUCACUCGGAGUAGGAAAAUCAUCAUUGAUAAAUUCGACCAUUACAGCCCUGACGGGGAAAUACGACUUUUAUGCCGACAUUGGCGGUGGAGACAAGCACGUCACACCCCAUUUCACAGGUAUAAUCAGCCGAGAUGAAUAUUGGGACCCUGAAGAUGAAGGAGAUAAAUUGCUCUGCCUCCCAACAUUCAUCGACAUUAUUGGACUGGACGCUCAACUGUCGUCAUCUGAUGAGAAAGCAGACACGGUUAACAGUAUGUUGAUGAAUCUGAUCAUAAACGGGAGACUACCGGAGAAUUGUGACCUACUGGAUGUCAGCAAACAACUUAAAGCGGGGAAAACAAUAAAGGACCGGAGCGAAGAAAAAAAGCUUACAGUGGACAUCAUAAUGGUUGUGAUUUCAGCAAAGAGCCCAAGCAUUCCACAGACACUCAUCGACGAAAUCUAUAGGGAGGCAAACAUAAAAAAGAGAAAAAUACCUGUGUUUGCUGUUUUGACAAAAGUGGACAAAUGUGAUAUGUCUGAACAGGAACUAGAGGAUAAAAAGACUGAAAUAUGUGAGGCUAUUGGUAUUACUCAAGACAAACUGCUGCUGUGUAGAAAUUAUCAACCUGGAGACGCACCAGAUAUUGAGACAGACAUCAAAAUACUGGAGUUCUUGACCACGGUAUUUCAUACUAUGCAACUCUGAUUGUUUAAAAGAAUUUUUAAGGCAAGUUCCUCUUAUAUUUUUUGCAUUAG